CAUUCUAUUACCCUCCGGGUCUCCCAUUUAUUCCAUGUUUUUUAUUCAAUUUUUUAGUUUUCUUUUAAAUUUAUAAAUAAUUUAAAUAUCUAAAAGUUUUUUUUAAUAAAAUUAAUUACAAUAAAUAAAUAAAGUAAAUCACUAAAUUUUUUUUACUAAUUUAUCCAAUAAUAAGCAGAAGUAAUUUCGUGUAAUCUUAACCUUCCUCAUUUCUGCUCAUUCCACUGUUUAAGGCUGCAAAGAAAUCACCAUUAUCAAAAAAGCUUUGAUUUUCAAUUUUCAAACCUUAAAAUUAAUUAUUUUUUCUUUAUAAACCUACCAUAGUUGAAAGGAUCAUAACUUUAUCUAAUUCUUACAUAUUUUGGUAGGCAAAUUCCAUUUUUUUAAUAUUUUGGUGGGGCAAAAAUUUCCAUGUUUGAAGAAAAUAAGUGGGGAAAAACCCAGAAAUGAUGGGAAUUUUUUUGUUUUGUUUGGUUUGAUCAUUGAAAGGUCGAUUUCUUUUUGUGGGUACUUAGAAUAUCGAGAAAAGCUUUAAUUUUUAAAUUAAAAUUAAAAAAAGUUUCACUUUUUAUAAUUUUUUAUCUUUUCCAUAAAUUUUCAUAAUUUCCCAGGAAAAAACUGUGCAAGCUCACGCUUUGAUACGCGUGCUUGAAUUGAUGAAUGGAGUAUGAAUAGGGGAUAGGCCCCUUUUCUUAUGAAAUUCUCUUAUGAAUCUCUUUUCCUUUUCUCCCCUUUUUCCCUCUCCUUUUCAAUCUAUUGGAUUAUUGUAAAAUUGGCCCACUACAAAUCACAGUAAUUCCUUCUUUUGCAGGUUUUGUUCCUUCAUUUUGGAUGUUUUUAUAUCUAUUUUGUCUGAUUAAAUUUGCUACCUUAUAAAAAUUAGAAAGAAAAUUGUCUUUUUUUUUUGGGUUUUUAAGAGGGGGAGUAGUGCUAGAUUCUCUAUUGACAAGGAGGGUUGAUGGAAUUUGUUAUGAACAAGUAUUGGAAUAUAUUUAUGAACUGCUUAUUUCUGAUCAUAAAUUGAAAGUUCAGUUUUUUUGGGAAAUGGGUACUUUUCUUCUAUUUUUUUGCUUUGUAUGGAGGAAAAAUUGAAGGGUUUUGCUCAUUUUGUAUUGUGGGGUUGUAUUAUGGUGUUUUGAGUUUUCAUGGUGGUUUAGAGAGAGAAAAAGGGGAGGAGAGAGAAAGUUAGAACUCUGAUGGCUUCUUCUGUAAUCGUAGUAGAACAGAAGGCUAAACCAGGAGGAGUAGUAGUAGGAAGUAAUGUAGGGCCAUCUUCAUCAACUUUGCUUGAAGAAAUGAAGGUAUUGAAGGAAAUGCAAGACCAUUCUGGAUCCAGGAAACCUUUAAACUCAGAGCUAUGGCAUGCCUGUGCUGGUCCACUAGUGUCUUUACCUCAAGUAGGAAGUCUUGUGUAUUACUUCCCACAAGGCCAUAUUGAGCAGGUAGCGAUAUCCACAAAGCGCCCAGCAACAUCGCAGAUCCCUAACUAUCCAAAUCUUCCAUCUCAAUUGAUGUGUCAAGUUCACAAUGUUACACUUCAUGCAGAUAAGGAAACCGAUGAGAUAUUUGCUCAAAUGAGUCUUCAGCCUGUCAAAGCUGAGAAGGAUGUUUACCCUAUACCUGAUUUUGGCCAUAAUACGAGCAAGCACCCAACCGAAUUCUUUUGCAAAACGUUGACAGCAAGCGAUACAAGUACUCAUGGAGGUUUCUCUGUGCCUCGUCGAGCAGCAGAAAAGCUGUUUCCUCCUUUGGAUUACACCAUGCAACCUCCGUUCCAAGAGCUUGUUGUUAAAGACUUGCAUGAUAAUACAUGGACAUUCCGUCAUAUCUAUCGCGGGCAGCCCAAAAGACACCUUCUAACUACUGGGUGGAGUGUUUUUGUUGGCUCAAAGAGACUCCGUGCGGGUGAUGCAGUUCUGUUUAUUAGAGACGAGAAGGGUCACUUGAUGAUUGGUGUGAGGCGUGCAAAUCGUGAGACAACAACCCUUCCAUCGUCUGUUUUAUCUGCUGACAGUAUGCACAUUGGCGUCCUUGCUGCUGCAGCACAUGCUGCUGCCAACCGAACUCCAUUCACAGUUUUCUACAACCCUCGGGCAUGUCCGACUGAAUUUGUAAUUCCUGCUAGUAAAUUUCGGAAGGCAAUAUAUGGAACACCCAUUUCUGCAGGGAUGAGGUUCGGUAUGAUGUUGGAGACAGAGGAAUCUGGUAAAAGAAGAUAUAUGGGAACAAUAGUUAGCAUAAGUGACUUGGAUCCAUUGAGAUGGCCUGGAUCAAAAUGGCGCAAUAUGCAGGUUGAAUGGGACGAACCUGGAUGUGGUGAUAAGCAAAGCAGGGUGAAUGCAUGGGAAAUCGAGACUCCUGAAAGUCUCUUCCUGUUUCCUUCUUUGACUUCGGGUUUUAAAAGACCCUUCCAUCCUGGAAUUUUCGGAGGAGAGUUUGAUUGGGGAAAUCCGACAAAGCGGCCGUUCGUUCAGUUCCCGGCAGAUAUUGCUGCUGCAAAUCUCUCGUAUGCAACACUACCAAAUGUUUGGUCGGAACAGUUGGUUAAGGCGUUUAUACGGCCAGAAAGUAUGAGCUAUCCUUCAAUGCUGCCCUCGUCUAUACCACUGCCCGUACAGCACGAAACAAAGACAAAUGUUCAGACAGGAACACAACAAAAACCACAUCUAGUUUCCUCGCAGAGUGUUUCGGUACAAAAUUAUGCUUCACAGCAUAUUAAUGAACAAGAUAUAGGAAAUGUAUCACUAGUAGAGCAAACUAACAAGACAAACCAGCCCACAGUCGACGCCGAUAAAACGAAGUCGGAUCCUCUCUGUGGACCUAGUAAUCUAAAGCAGGGUGCUUUGGGAGGUCACGUCAACGAGGAGACAGAGACGAUCAAUGCUUCAAAUCCUCCCACCCAGCAGACCAUUUAUGCAGAACAUAACAAUCAGAAACUGAUGCAACCACCAGCUGUGCCGUCUGUAUUUAACUCUGCACUAACCGAUAUUUUGCCAUCUGAUCAUUCGAGUUCAAACAAUUUGUUUCCUUACCUGGAUACGCCCGAUUGGCUACCGUGUCCAACAACUAUUCCAGAAGUGAUUGAUCCCUCAUUGCCGUCACUUGGUCAAGACUUCUGGGAUCAAAAUCAAAGCCUGAAGUAUCCAACACAAUCAGAUCGAUUUGGUUCGUAUUCUCAACUGUCGGAUGAAACCAAUAAUCAGAGCGAGAUAUAUAGCUGCAUUGACAUAGACAUCGGAAAUGGUGGGAAUACGAUGGUUAAUCCAUCCAUUUCAAAUGACGUGCUGAAUAAAUUGUGCCCGUCUAAGGAGGCCAGCUUGCAAUAUUCCUCUGAUUGUUUAGUGGGCAACUUCAGUUCGAGCCAAGAUUUUCAGUCUCAAAUAACCUCAGCUAGCCUAGCUGAUUCGCAGGCGUUUUUACACGAUUUUCCUGAUAACAAUUCUGGUGGAACGUCUUCUAGCAACGUGGAUUUCGACGAGAGUAGUCUUUUGCAAAACUCGUGGCAACAAGUGGUGCCUCCGAUGCGUACAUAUACUAAGGUGCAAAAAGCAGGAUCAGUUGGGAGAUCAAUCGACGUAACAAGCUUCAAGGACUAUGAUGAGCUGCACGCUGCUAUUGAACGCAUGUUCGGACUAGAGGGUCUGCUCAAUGAUCCUAGGGGAUCAGCAUGGAAGCUAGUUUACAUAGACUUCGAGAAUGAUGUAUUAUUGGUUGGAGAUGAUCCGUGGGAGGAGUUUGUGAGUUGUGUACGAUGCAUACGUAUAUUAUCACCUGCAGAAGUUCAGCAGAUGAGUGAAGAAGGAAUGCAGCUUCUCAACAGCAAUGCAAUUCCAGGGAUGAGCAAUACCACUUAAGAUAUUAGAAAUUAGUGCUUUGUUUUGCUAACCUUAUUCUGACUUUUAUGUAAUGUAAUGUAAUUCAAAUGUUUGAAUGUAUGGCAUCAUGUCUUAAACAAAAGGGGAAAGUGACAAUUUUGUACCAUAAGCUUAAUUCUAUCCAUCACCAAUUACUCA